GGCUAUUUCCGGUUACGAUUCUAAAAGCGUGUGUUGUUUACAAAUUACAAUCUAUUAAAUUUGUUCAAAUAAUUAUAUUAUUUGAAUACAAAAACUAUGGAUUUGAAGAGAAGAGCUAUGGAAGGGGCCAUUGUGCCAGCAAAGAGGGCAAAAACUGAUUUGGUUCUAAGCUCAAAUGGAAAUAAUCAACUCGUUCAAAUGCAAAUGGGUCCCCCAAGAACAUCUAGCCUGGACGCACCAAUAAUGUUGUUAACAGGCCAUGAGGGGGAUAUCUUCACUGCUAAAUUUGCACCUAGUGGACAGAUGUUAGCUUCUGCUGGGUUUGACCGACUCAUUUAUUUUUGGAAUGUAUAUGGAGAAUGUGAAAAUUAUCAUGUUAUGAAAGGACAUGCUGGUGCCAUUAUGGAAUUACAAUUUUCUACUGAUAGCAGUAACCUAUUCACAGCAUCCACAGAUAAAAUAGUUGCUGUAUGGGAUGUGGAUGCCGGUGUAAGAAUACGAAAGUUGAAAGGUCAUCAGACAUUUGUUAAUACAGUGAGUCCAGCAAGACGAGGUCCACAAUUAUUAUGUAGCGGUAGUGAUGACGGCACAGUUAAGUUAUGGGAUGCGAGGAAGAAAGGUGUUAUACAGACGUUCCAGAAUACAUAUCAGGUUACAGCCACAUGUUUUAAUGAUACUGCAGAACAAAUAUUUACAGCUGGUAUUGACAACGAUAUAAAGGUCUGGGAUCUACGUAAGAAUAAUAUAUUGUACAGAAUGCGUGGACAUCUAGAUACACCUACAGGACUCGAACUCAGUCCAGAUGGGUCAUAUUUACUAUCUAAUUCUAUGGAUAAUACAUUGCGAGUAUGGGAUGUGAGACCAUUUGCCCCACAAGAAAGAUGUGUUAAAAUAUUACAAGGUCAUCAACAUACAUUUGAAAAGAAUUUACUGCACUGUGCCUGGUCACCAGAUGGUGCUAAAAUAGCAGCCGGAUCUGGAGACAGAUAUGUGUAUGUCUGGGAUACAACAACACGUAGGGUUUUAUAUAAAUUACCAGGUCAUGCUGGGUCUGUAAACGAAGUUGAUUUCCAUCCAUUUGAACCAAUCAUUUCAUCUUGUUCUAGUGAUAAGAAGAUAUAUCUUGGUGAAAUCGAGUGAUAGAAAGAAAAUAAAAUAUUUAUUUUAUAAUAAUAUAGACUGAAAUAGGAUAUGACACUGGAUAAUCUAAACCAGGAUGUCAAGUUAUGUAUGAAUGAGUCAUGGUACCACUCAUCACUAACUUGAUAAAUGUGACCGCCCCUUGAUAUGGAUAUGUCUUUAUUUAAAGGUGUUCUCCAGUAUUUUGUCAAGUUCAUAAAAACUCGUUAAAAAUGGGAAGAUCAAUUAGGAAUAAUAAAACUUCAACUGAUUUUGUAACAUCUACUGCAGCAAAGACAAAGUGUUUUAAAUGGUUAUGUAGUUACAUGACUAGCUGUGUUCAAGACAUCAUUUUGUGUUAAUGGUUUCAAAUUGAGAAUCCUGUCUUUGAAAUGAUGCAUUAAAAGUUUAUUAAACUUGAAUUUGACAUAGUCUAUACCAGAAAGUUUACAACUGAAAAUAUUUUAUUCAGAUGUAUCUAAAAAUUUCAUUGUUCAAAAUAUGUAACAUAAUAGAUGCAAUUCUCAAGCUUGUCAUUCAACCCUAGAGUUGUGCAUAAAUUUACAAGAUUUUGAUGAAUACUAAUUUUACAUCAUUUCACAGAAACAUCAGGAACUGUGCAAUGAUCAGUUGAAUUUAAAUUGGUCAGGCCUUAAUUGUAUAUAUUUCAUUCUUCAUUUUCACAAGUCAUUUAACAUUAUUUUGUGGUAAUAUUUCAUGAAAUAAACAAACUUUGUAAAUAAA